AUGGCGUCCUUCCCCCUCCUCAAGUACUGGAGAGGAGGCGGCGGCGCCGCCGCUGUAUCCACCAUACGCGCCGCCGCCGCCAUUUCUUCUCCUCCGGAGACAAUCGAUGAAGCAUCCGACGACGAUGGCCCCUUCUUCGAUCUAGAGUUCACCGUCCCGAUCAGCCAGAGUGGAGCGCAAGAGGGAGAGAAACACCACGACGACGAAAAGGAUUUCAGCUUAUCGAUGACUUCUUCCGAUGAGAGUGAGUGCCAAUCGAAUCGCAACCUUCCCAUUUCACCCUCCGACGAUCUCUUCUUCAAAGGAAGAGUUUUUAGCGCUCCGGAGAGCGAUCUCAGGCCGCAGUUCACCGUUUCCUUUCUCAAAUCGGCCACGAGAUUGCGUGUUCUCAUGCUUCGGUUUCGGAAACCCAAAACUCAUUCUCCGGAGCACGUUUUGAGUUCGCCGAAGCAGAGCUCUCAUUCGAGCAAGUUUUUCAUUAAGGUGGACGAAGCGCCGAUCGCCUCACUGUUCUCUCGAGAAAGCAGUUGCAGGAACCCCAUCGCCGGCUCGCAAUCCUCGCCGGAGGAGAGAACGGUUAAUUCGAAGGAAGUGGUUCAGAAGUAUCUCAGCAAGAUCAAGCCGCUGUAUGUUAGAGUUUCGAAGAGAUACUCUGAUAAGCUGAGGUUUUCAGCUGCGGAGCGGUGGGAAGGAGAAGAAAAGGAAGCAGAGGAGAGCUUGAAAACGGGGAAGAGGAGACGGAAACAAACUGUUUCUUCUUGGAUUAUGGUUGCUCACAAGCUUUUGAGAAAAAAACAAGUUGUCAAUGUUGUCUAA